UCAAUCAAUAUUUUCAGUAGUGGACACAAGUGCAUGUGACAUACUUGUUCUUUCUUACAGCUGCUGAGAUACAACAUGUUGUCUUUUCAGGCGCCACUCUUCAUCUUGACGUCAUCCUGCUGCUUCUUUUUCAUUUUUGGCAGGCCGGCAGGUACUCACCUGCGGAGCAUGGACAGCUUCAUCCACGCCGUGCAGCAGCUGGAGGAGUCCAACCCGGGUCUGUCCGCCCUGGGGCUGGUCAGAGCCCUGCGGAGGACUGCGGGCCAUGACGACGCCAUGACCAUCCACUUCCUGGGAGCUUCGUAUAACCUGAGUGACGACGCGGGCCUGGAGACCUCCAUCCUCAACGCCUCCUCUUUCAGCUUUUUCGACAAGGCCAUUCAUCACAUUGUGACAAAUAACGGCGAGGAGCGAGGGGUGGCCCUCGCCCCGGACGGCACCACGGUCGCCCUGGCGCCUUUACUGCUAGGAAUCGAGUCUGGACUCAAAGCGAAGAUGGAGGGGACUUUGGCCACCGGGCUCUUUCCUCUGACCUUGGGAAGGACGCUUGGAUUAGCCUUCCUAAGCCUCCAAGACAUCCCCUUAGCCAAUCGCCUGGGGCCCGAUGGGUGCUGGGACAGCGUGCAGCGCCCCAAAGUAUUCAAGCUCCAUUGGCCCGCCACUCCCGCCACCGAUGCCGUUAUUAACGGGGGGAUGGAUGGAGUAAUACUUGGCACGGACAUCAGCAAACCACCCACAGCUGUCGAGCCGCAUGCUCUCAGCCAGAUCCUGAAGGCGUACUACAGUUUCACUCUGCGCGAGGGGCGGGGUCUUGAGAACGUCUCCAAACACGUUAGUCCGAACCGAAGGGAGAUCUCGAGAUCCAUUCUAGAACCUCUUGACCUUCACAGUGAGGUGAUGGAGACGCUUGCGUUGGUGUGGCGGUUGGAGAAGACAGAAUGGAUCGCCAUGGACACCGACAUCAAGAAGGCGGUUAAGGAGGGACUGGAGGCGUUUGUGCACAGGUACUGGGAUUGCCCUCAAAUCAUCCCUCGCUGCCAGUGGGGGGCAAAGGCCCACAGGGGUACGCCUAUCCCACUGUCUUUGCCCCUCGGCUUCGUCUACAUACACCACACCUACAAACCUUCCCGGCCAUGUCUCUCCUUCCCAACGUGCGCCCGCGACAUGAGAACCAUGCAGCACUUCCACCAGGAGGUGCGAAACUGGAGCGACAUCGGAUACAGCUUUGUAGUCGGGUCUGACGGCUACGUCUACGAAGGCCGGGGUUGGACCCUGCUCGGCACGCACACGAGAGGACACAACAGCCUCGGGUACGGCGUGUCUGUCAUCGGGAACUACACCUCCGCUAUCCCAUCGCGUCACGCUUUGGACCUUCUGCGCCAUCGCCUGCUGCGCUGUGCGGUGGACGGAGGAAGGCUGGUGGCCAACUACACCAUCCAUGGCCACAGACAGAUGGUGAACUACACUUUCUGUCCAGGGGAAUCUUUCUUUUCAGAGAUAAGAAGCUGGGAGCACUUCAAGGACUGACAAGAUAUUGUCAAAUACGCACCAGUGGACACCAUCCUCUUAUGCAACACAACACAUUUACGACCUGAUUUGCAUAAUCAGCAUAAGUUAAUUUCCUUUAUCCCUGUCACAGCUUCUGGAUGUCAUUGAAAGUUGCCAUAUAAAUGUUGGCUCGCUUCUUUCACAGUUCCUUUACUGUAUGUAUUUAAGUGUAUAAAAGUACUACGUUACGCAAUGUAACAUGUGAAACUUG